AAGGUUCUAUUCCAGCUACUAUUUUUUCAUAGCGAUUUUACAUUGCCUAUUAAAAUAAUAUAUCUAAAAUGCUUAUUUAUAUCCAAAUAAAGUAAAAUAAACCUAUCAUCAAUCAUAUAUUUAACUGCGAUGGCUAUAACUAAAUGGGUAAUAGAACGUAAUAAAUGAUGAGUGACAGCCGCGUAAGUACACAAACAAUCGAAAUAAUGGUAUGGAAGAAUGCAAUAGUGGCGACACCCGACGAGGCGGCAGAGAGUGCGCUGACAUCCACACUGCAUCGGAUCCAUGCGGUGGUGUCAUGCGAAACACCGGCAGCCCUAUUCCCAUUCACUGGGUGUUUGUUGACAAAGUAUCGGACGGUGGCGCGGCGCCGGCGGGGUGCCCCUUGCGCUGCAGUACGCUGCGUGCGCCCGCGCCCCUCGCACGCUAUAUGCUGCAUCUCGGGCCCGCUGCAUUUGCGCGCAUCACUACUUUUGUACUCUACGAUCGAUGGCUUAUUACACCAUUGUUUACGUCUCCUCACCUGCGCACAAACACGCAAUAACAAUUUAACAAUGCUGUCUAAGGAGAUGGGGAUACUAGCAUCGCUUCAGUGCUGCAGCGACAGGAUGCAGUGGACAGAUUGCCAAAUCUUCGGAUCUUCUUAAUCACAAAAUGUUUCACGUCUACCGUAUAAUGCACACCGCCUGCUCAGCAUCUUAUAAGUGACUAAUACAGUUCACUUGUGGGGAGAGAUUCGUGUCUAGUAGUGGAACAUAACAGGUUGUCAUGGUGAUAUGGUCAGUAAGAUAAUCCACAUGGAAUAAUAAACCUUCCAUUAAUGAUCCAGGAAUACCUAUUGCUAAUAGAAACAGACAUCAUAGUCGACUAAUGGAAACAACGUUUGAACAGUUUGAAAACCUUACCAUCUAAUAUUUCCUUCAAUUGGAAACGCACUCGUCUCUAAGAACUGACAACUGCAGCCUUCUUAGACAAGUGGUAAAGGAAUCUAUCGAUAGAAUCGUUAUCGCUAAAGCGAGUCCGGGAGAUAGAAUAAGAUGGCGUCUUUCGAUGUCUUUUCUUUCUUAUGUAAACGUUAACGUAGCAACGUAGGUUCGUGCAUCAAUUAUCUAGAGGGCUACGAAUCCUGUCGUCGGAUCUAUCUGAAGACUAUCAUUAUCAUAUCAGCCGUUAGCUGUCCACUGCUGAACAAAGGUCCUUCCCCUAUUGGGAGGGUUUGCCACUAGUUACCACGCUUAGCAGGCUGGUUAACAUCCGUACUUGGGUGAUGCGAAGUGACCUGACAAUAGGUAAAUAGUAUAUUACAGACUUUUAUUUAAACACUAAAACUAAUGAAAAUAUGUAUAGCUUUAUAGCUUCAGUUGGCUAAAUAUAUAAUUACAUUAUAUUACAUGUAUAUGUAAAUUUACAGUUGUAGGUAUAUAUUUGCAAGACGGUUGUUACAAUAAAGUAACUAUAAAAUGAGUAGACCAUGGAAGACCAUGUUUUACCAUGGUUUAAGACCGAUUAUUAUAAGGUCACUUUUAUAGUUAUCCAUAAUGGAGCCUACAGCCACCUUUCAGCCAUCGACAGGAAAUCGAUCCUCACACACUUGAACCUAAAUGGCCACGUACAGUGCGGUUUGAAAGAAAUUUUCAGCCGCGAAUGCUUAGGCUGUGGAAUGAGCUCCCUGCCGAACUUAUUUCCUUUCCUCCCUGCAGAGGUUUUCCCUUGAGACUACAGUAAAACCCUAUUCUACAAAAAAAAAGGUAUAUUAAGGUUUCUUCAGGAUCGGCAACGCGAACGUGGCACCUCUAGUGUUGCAGGCGUCUAUAGGUUACAGUAACCGUUUACCAUCAGACGGGUUGUAUGCUUGUUUGCCAACUUUGUAGUUAUAAAAAAAUAUUCUGACAAAUUCCUUUACACCGGACACACAGAUAGCCGGUGAGUCGCUUGCGUCGGUAUUUUGCCUGAGGUCCCUUGUUAUUGUGAGGAAUUUGUUAACUUCGUUCGUCAAAGUUAAAAUAACUUCUAAUGAUAAAACAUAAAUUUUCAAGUAAACUAUUAUUUUUUUUAAUUUUU